UGUGUCACUGGGACACGAGGCACUCCCCGGGGGUCACAUGGUCCCGUUUUCAGCCCCGUGAGAGCAGGCAUGCAGUGCGUCCUCGUUCCUUUCCUAAGGACGAGGGAAACAGAAAAAACAGACCAGUUUGGGAACUGCGGUCAGACCUACACGGAUAGAGCCAGUGACAGCAUAGACGCUUUUCGUAAUUGUUUUCGCUGGCGGUGCUCACAGAGAAGUGUUUCACAUUACGCGGGAACUUGCUCGAUAGCAGCUGCAUCCUUUGGUAGUUUAUUAACCUUGGUUCUUAAGUAUUGUAAUGGGUAUUCGAACUCAAAUAGAGCUUUUAUUAUAAAGAGGAACAUAAUGACAUCGGUAUAACAGAGAAGAGGACCUUAUUUUUGCCAAGAACCUAGCCAGAAGGGAAUUGAUCCUUUCCUAAACUGUUUUCUAUUUUCACCGAUAUCUAUAUGAAUGUUUUGGAGCCCAGGAUGGCAACAACAGCAAUGGACACAAAUAACAACAAUACAGGGGGCGUAAUCUCCUACAUCGGCUCGAGUGGCUGCUCACCGAACCGCACCAGCCCAGUGUCUAUGUACAGCGAGAACUCCUUUCUAUCCCCUCCCUCCCCCAACGGCUCCCAGGGCUUCUCCAAUGCCUACUCCAGCAGUGGCAGCUCCAGCUCCUCCAAUGGUGAUGAUGGCAACUCCUCUUCCGGCUCCGGAGGGUCCCCAAGGCUUAGGGGUCGUAAUGACAGCAGCAUUUCUCGCUGCUCCCCCAGCAAGUCCGUGGCAAGCCUUACCAAACUGAAUGGGAUGGUGCUGCUGUGUAAAGUGUGUGGAGACGUCGCCUCAGGCUUCCACUAUGGGGUCCAUGCCUGUGAGGGCUGCAAGGGAUUCUUCCGACGCAGUAUCCAGCAGAACAUCCAGUACAAAAAGUGCCUGAAGAACGAGACCUGCACCAUCAUGAGGAUUAACCGCAACCGCUGCCAGCAGUGCCGCUUCAAAAAGUGUCUGUCCGUGGGCAUGUCCCGCGAUGCUGUUCGCUUUGGCAGAAUACCCAAGCGUGAGAAGCAGCGCAUGCUGGCAGAGAUGCAGAGCACCAUGAACAGCAUGAACAACAUGCAAAACGAGUUCCAGCUGGCCAGCCUGACUCACAACUCUCCCCCUUCUCCCACUUCCUCUUCUCCCUGCCCGGGUCUGACUGUGGCACUCCAGCCCCAGGCCCUGCCUUUUGCCCCUUCCCCCUCUCCUUCAGUACAAGCCCCUGCUUCCCCUCUGCCCCCACCAUCCAACCAAAGCCCGCCACUGUUGGCCAGCUCUCCACCCCUGUGCCCCAGCCCUGGGGUGGACUGCACCAUAACGGCCAUUGCCCGGGCGCACCGUGAGACCUUUGUUUACGCCCACGACAAGCUGGCCGAUUCUGCGAGAUUGCAUAACGGAGAGGUGGACAACUGGGGCUCAAACUACUGUCCUGCUGGCUACCACCAGAACAGCAUCAACACAAUCUACCACCACAACAACAACGUGGCCCUCCAGAACCAUGGCUUCCUGGCCAUGUCUGACAGACAUCACCAGAACAACGGCAAGCAGUUCCACAACAGCAACCUGUUUGGGAGCCACCAAAGCAUUGAGACUAGCAGCGUCCCCCAGGGCCAGAACUUCCCAUGGAAAAACCACAAGGACAUUGUGCUGGCAUGUCCAAUGAACAUGUUCCCCCAAGCCGAACCAAACAAGACCCCCCAGGAGAUCUGGGAGGACUUCUCGCUCAGCUUCACGCCGGCUGUGCGUGAGGUGGUGGAGUUCGCAAAGCACAUUCCAGGGUUCAGUGCACUCUCCGAGAACGACCAAGUCACCCUGCUCAAGGCCGGCACCUUUGAGGUCUUGAUGGUGCGCUUUGCCUCCCUCUUCAACGUGAAGGAGCAGACUGUCACCUUCAUCUCGGGUACCACCUACAGCCUGGAGGCACUGAAGGGAAUGGGCAUGGGAGGCCUGCUAGACACCAUGUUUGAAUUCAGCGAGAAGCUCAACUCCCUAGAGCUCACGGCCGAGGAGCUAGGUCUCUUCACCGCUGUAGUGCUAGUGUCUGCAGAUCGCUCAGGCAUCGAGAACCUCAACUCCGUGGGGCUGCUUCAGGAGUCUCUGAUCAGAGUGCUGCGUGCCCUGGUCAGCAAGAGCAACCCCUGCGACGCCUCUCGCUUCACCAAGCUGCUACUCAAGAUGCCCGACCUGCGCACACUCAACAACAUGCACUCAGAGAAGCUGCUCUCCUUCCGCAUCAACGUAUAAAUAAGACUGUCACCACUGAUGACAAGAAAACCCGUCUGGACUCGUCGCCCAUCUCCACCUCAUAUGUGCAGUGUUGUAAACUUAAUCAUAUUCCAAACGGAGUAUGUACAAAUUUGUAUAUAUCUAGCUACAAACGUCAAUAAGCUUACUUGAAAUGUUUGAAAAAUGUGUAUAAUAUAUAUAUUUUUUUGUUAAGAUGAAAUUCUCUAAUGCUCAUAGUUAUAAAUGUGUGGGUACAAAUGUGUAAAAUACAAAUUGAGUGUAUGCAUACAAAAAAUUAUAUCCAGAACUGUAUUUCAAAAAUGUUUUAUGUAAUGAAGGCAUUAUACAAAAAAAAUACUUA